ACAACUACAGAGAAAUAAGUCUCUCGUACAACCUGAUUGAGGUUUAUUCUUGUCAAGGCUGUGUGCCACUGAAGCUGUGCCAUCUACACAACGUCAAUACAUUAUUGUAGGUCUGUUUUAGCUCUAGUCGGAUAUGAAGAUUGCUUCGUUCAACGUCCAGAGGUUUGGAAUCACAAAACUCUCCGAUCCAGAUGUCCUGGCAGCUCUGGUUAAGAUUGUGUCUCGAUACGACAUCAUAGUGAUUCUUGAGGUGGUGGAUGGGAGCGGAGCUUCUGUGAAACUUUUCAUCAAAGAACUGAACACAGUCAACACAACACAUCACUACGCUCUACAGCUCAGUACCCGCCUAGGAAGGAACAGAUACAAGGAACAAUUUUUGUUUUUGUACAGGGAUGAUGUUGUCGACCUGAUUGACUGCUAUCAAUAUGAAGACAACCAGGUGAACGACAUGGAUGCUUUUGCAAGGGAGCCGUAUAUCCUCCACUUCAAACCACACAACACAGUGCUGAAGGAUAUAGUGCUCAUCCCGGUCCGCACCACACCCUGGGACUCGGAGAAAGAGCUGGAUGAGCUGUAUGAGGUCUUCCUGAUGGUCAAAGACAAAUGGAAAACUGAUAAUGUAAUAAUCCUGGGGGAUUUCAAUGCGGAUGGUGCGUAUCUCACCCAGAAAGAAAUGAAUGGGAUCCGUAUUCGCAGCGACAAGAAUUUCCACUGGCUGAUCGGUGAUGACGUGGACACCACCGCAAAUACGUCGAAUGAACACACUUACGACCGGAUUGUGGUUUACGGAGACGACAUGCUGGCAGCCAUUGUGCCAAACUCAGCCAAGCCAUUCAAUUUCCACAAGGAGUUUUCUAUGACAGAAGAAAUGGCCCUGAGAGUGAGCGACCACUACCCUGUCGAGCUAGAAUUACGCAGCGCUCUUCCAUUCUGGAUGGCAAACAGCCACCAAAGACAGAGAUCAUCAGUUAACAGAGCUGUCACAGGCGAAGAGAAAAACGAGAGUUUGCAAGUGGAUCUGUUGUCCCUGCAGAAGGAAAACCUCCUGCUGGAGCAAGAAAAACUCCAACUUCAGAUCUCCUUAUUAAAACAGCGGCUUUCCACACUCAAACUGAACAAAUGAUUAAAAGAUCUCAAACACUAUC